UUUUGCCUAGGAACCGAACCGGUCCCAGGCCUAGUUCCGGAGGAGGACGAGCUCUUGAAAUAUGGGUGAAUACUAAUUCCACCACCGUCGGAGCGGCCAAUCAAGCCAGCACAAUCCAACACUGAUACAAACUCCAAGCUACAACUUGUUCAUCCGCCAAGGUUUUCUCCUCCGGCGUAGUUGCAAUCCCAGACAUUAGAAUGCUUAGAAUCAAUAUAAUUUGCCUCUCCAGCCCCAUAUUGAUAGGGCAGCAAAAAAUCUCAACCCCUACAAAGAGAGGAGACGACCUCUAGGCUUAGAAGAGAUUUAUAUGUGAGUUUUUUUACACUUAUCUCGAUAAUCUUAUGCAUUGCUCAUUGUAUAAGAAAGACAGCUUAACCACACAUCUCCACCGUGCAUGAACUAUGCGGUUAAGGGGCAUGUAAGACCAUGAGGCAUCCCUAUUUACUAUUAUAGUUCCACUAACAUAAGGAUAUGAGGAGAUGAUGCAGUUAUUAAGAAAAGUAGAUUUGUGAGAUUGAUAAAGAAAGAACAAAUUAAAAAUGUUUUAUAUCUAUACGAAGUUACAAAUUUUACAGAUUUUCGUGUAAGGCAAUCUUAGCGGAACGGAUUCAAAGGGAAAUAUGAAACAACUUAGCAGGACAGAAGGAGUAGUAUAUACUUCCCACGUCCAUUUUAUCUAUCUUAUUUUCCUUUUAAGUUGUCUCAAAAUAAGUGUUAUAUUUCUUUUUGGAAAAAAAAUAUCUAUCCACAUUAUUUCACUUUAUUAUACUCGAAUCUUUACUGUUUUAUUGUAAGUCAACGACCCACUGCUCCUCUCUAAUUACCGUGUGUUAUUCCUUAUUGCCUAUGACCAACCGCAACCCUGGAAUGAGUAAGACAUAUUUGAGGACACUCUUUGAGUGAGAUUUAGAUAAAUUGAUUCACUGAAGAGAGAAACAAAGGAUGUCUGCAGAGGAGAAAACAGACACAUGCGUAAGAAAAGACGUGGGCCCAAUAAAAAUAAAAAUUCUUAUUUUCUUUAAAGUGUAAUAACUUUAUUAAUUGUGUUCCAAUGUUAACAAAAAAUAUAUCAAUAUUCAUAAUUUUCUAUAAUCUUUCAUAUCACACCAUUAUUGCAUAUAUUGAUGGAGUAUAUGGCCCAGAACCCUCGGCCCACAGUCUUCUACUCCUCCUACGAAGGCCCAAGAAGCGCAAGAGACCCAAAACACAGCGGCCCAAGCUCAAAGGAGCCCAAGGUGCGCCCAGGGUACCCUUCGGCAAUAUGGCCGAAGGCUCCAAAUUACACAGGGCAGCCAGAUUUGAGCAUACAAAGCUACUGGGAGAAAAAGGCAGAAAACAGGAGCCUUCGGCACUUUCGUGCCUUCGGCACUUGGGAAGCCUUCGGCUGUACAGCGUCCUCAGCUACACAGAGCCCUCGGCCGCGGGGGGAGCCCUCGGCCAACAACUCAAUCAUCAAAGAUUCCCUUUGGAGACACGCAACCACCGCAUUUAAUGCGGCGUCACAUCCACCCACCGCAUUCAAUGCGGUGCACAUGCGAAUGCCAGUGCCACCCGAUUGAGGUGACCCCUCGGCCGUUAGAUUGCUGACAUGUGUACUCUCCUCGCAUUUAUUGCUGCUAUAAAUAGCACCCCCUUUCCCAUUGUAAAGGACCAGAACAUCUCGAGUUCAUUAAUACAAUCGCAU